AGUCCUUCAGGGUUUAGGAUAACAAUUUUCACAGGAUUUUAAGGAAAGAUUAUCAAGCCUGUCUACUCAAAGUUUUUCACAAAGUGUUUAUUAACAGCUGGCAAUAACUUCCAGUGUUGUAUAGGCUCUGAAGAUAAUAAUUUUUGUCAUGAGAAAUCAGACUUUGUGGAUGAUGGUGUGCUUAAAAUGAGACAUGACCUUUAGAUGUUGCAACUGAAUGAAGAGCAGCCAGACCUGCUGGAAGUCAGCAUCCAUGAUGCAGGGGCUCUGCUGGCAGGUGGCAGUGAAGAUGAGCCUGGGAUUCCUGUGUCUCUUUCUGGUUUUCAGCACAGCUUCGUGCCUAAGAAAAGAAAACAAGAAAGAGAAGCAAUUGGCAGUGCUGGCUACUGCAGAGCUGCCUGCAAAGUCCCUGGACCUGGCUGCCAUUAACCUGACAGAGCUGGUGAACGGGAUGCUGAGCACUGCACUCAGAGGUACCAAGAAACUCUUCUCUUUGCUGAGCAUCACCUCUUACAGCUCGUUUGCCUUCCACAAAGUGUCAGUCACCAUUUACAACAUCUCUAAUGCAAAAAAUAUUGACCCUGGCAAGUUCCCUAUGCACUACUGCUACUGUGUGAAUAAUGUGACAAAUGACUUGACAGAUUUUACAGCUCUACUUGUUGAUAUCAUUGGAAACUCCACCAAUUAUCUCACAGAAAUUUUCAAAUCCACUUCUAUUCUCUCAGUGCGUCAGAGCAAUGACUCUGAUUGUAUAUACAUCUGUGUGAUGGCAGGGCAGACAGGGAAAAAUCUGUCUGAUUUUUUGGAAAUACUAGAUAAGUCUCCUGUUAUUAAUUACACAUUUUCCAGUAACACAUCAUCUGACCUGGACCUAGAUUCGAUUUUCUCAACUUUUGUGAAGUUGCAGGAAGACUCAAACAAGACACUGGAUUCAUCAGCAGAACAUGUGUGGACAUUUAAAUCUACCAGGACCCCUCUCGCCCAGAAAGGAGCAGGCAUCCCCACCAUCCCCACCACGAGGCUCCCGCUGUGGCCAAGGACAGCUGGAGCCAAAGGCUCGUGGUUUCCAUCACCCCACGUGGAUGCUCCCAGGCCCCAGGGCAUGGCCAGACCCCCCCUGAGCCCUGGGGGGAGCCUGGCCCCAUCGCCAGCCCUGCAGCCCAGCCCCACUGAGACGUCCGUGCUUUGGAUGCAGACAGUGUCUCCACAAGAAGCCAGCAAAGUGAUGCAAACAGAGCCAGAUUUGCCCUCCACAGUGCUGUCUCUGCCACCUUCCUACCGACCUGGUGUGACACUGAAACUUUACUCAGCUACCAGGUGCCCCCAGGCAAUGCUCAGAGACCCCCGUGUCACCUCCCCUCCUGUCACCCUCGUAGUGCAGAAGAUCAACCCCUGUGUGAUGGAGCUCUGCAGGUUCUUUCAGCUGUGCCUCUGUGUUGGUCAGAGAAGAUAUUCCAGAAAGGAAGCCAUGAGAUACUGUGUUGAAUACUAUUCCUGGUUUGUGAAAAAUGCAAGUUAUGUCUGCGAAAGAGUCAAAAGGGUUGCUUACUCCCACAGUAAGUACAUUUUCACUUUAUAUCUCUUUAUCUCUACACACCUUGUUAUGAAGAUAUAACAAAGAUUUUUGCAUAUCCACAAAAUAUUUGCUGUCAUCAGAUAGCUAUUUUAUCUGAUAAUGAUUUUUAAAGGAUUAAAAAAAUUAUUUUACCUUCAUGCAUGUUUUAACAUUUUCUUGUAAAACCUCUUCUAACUAAUAUUUUCUUGUGUUCUUCCAGCAUUGAAGCAAAAAUGCCUUAAAAACAUCUGUACAUCAGUUUAGAGCACUGAGAAAUUUUACUGCAAGUUGGAAGACUGGUGGCAGUUUUAGUUUUCUUUUUGAUUUCUCAGAAAGAAACCAGUUAUUUGUAAAUAUUUGAAAUCAGACAAGCUAUUAACCAGAUGUUAACCUAGAAAUGUCUCCUCCACCAAGGCAUUGUAAAAAUGUCUAAAAACCAGAGAUUUUUAUACAAGU